AUGUCAGAUGACAAUUUAUCAGUAGUGAGUGGUAAUACUACUCUAAUGAUCGAUGAUGAAAUACAAGAUGAAACUUUAAAGAGUUUUCUUCAAUGUAAUUGUAAAACAUGUUUAGAAAUGUAUCAUAAAUCAUCAUCUGAUGAUAUUCAUUCCAUUCAUUCUAAGGCUAAUUUAUCAUCAAUUCACAAUCAUCAUCAUCACGAAGCCUCACAUAAUCAUCAUCAUCUUCACUGUGAUGAUUUAUCUUCUCAUCAUUUCUCUCAUCAUCAUCAUUCCAUUCUAGUAGAUGAUCAACAACACAAAAGUGAUAGAGAUAUAUUAAGUAAUUUAGAUGCGUUAACAGUGAUGAGUGUUCAUACUACACGUUCACAUCCAAUGUUUCCUUCUAAUAUUUAUGAUGAUUGUUUGAGUGAACAAGAUGAUAUUGAAGAGGGAAGAAGAAGUUUUCAUAAAUUGACUAAUAAUUUCAAAUUCAAUGAUGAUUUAGAAUUUAAUGAUGAUGAGGUGGAUGAUAAGAAAAAGCCUUUUUCAAAAAGUGAAAAAGAAACAUUUGAUGAAUUUGAUUCAGAGAAGAAACUAGACGAAUCAUUGAAUACAACAAGGAGGAGAACUAUUCAACAUGUUGAAGAUGAUUUUAUGAAUAUUGAUAAUGAAGAAGAAACAAUUGAAAGAGUUGAAGAAGAAAUGGAAUUAAUUAUUGAUGAUAAUAUUGAGGAAGAAGAACCUGUGAAAGAGGAAGAAGAAAUAUGUUUAGAAUUUGAAGAUUUAAAAAGUGAAUGUAGAAAUGAAACUGUCCCAGAAUUAGAGUUUGAGGAAGAUGAAGAAAUAAAUAAGAAAGAAUGUAUUCAACAAGAAGGUCUACAAUUCCAAGAAGAUGAACUUGUGAAUGAUAACGUAUCAACUGGACAUGUUGAACAACAUGAUGAAAUUGUAACUUAUUUAGAUGAAGAGGUGGAGUCUAUUGUUGGUGAAGAGUGCAAACUAGCAAAUAAUUACGAUGAUGAAGAACAAUUAAACGCUAGUGAAUUAGAUACGAAAGAGGAACAAUUGAUUGUACAAUCUCCAAUCAUUGAAAUAGAUCAAUAUGAAGGUGAUGAAAUAGAAAAUCAAACUCUCGUUGAUACUAAUCAAGAUUUGAUUGAGACUAAUGUUCUAGAAACAGUUGUUCAAGAUAGGAUGGAAGAUGACGACAUUUCCAUUGAGAUUUCCAUUGAAGAUUUUCCUGAAAUAAUUCAACCAAUCCAAGAUUGUGAAGAAAUAAUAUUGGAAAAUAAUCAAUUUAAAGAGAAGAGUGAAAUUAUUGAGUGUUUCAUUAAUGGAUAUUUAGAAAGAAGAAGAUUCAAUGCUAACAGGGAACUGCUAAAUAAUAUUCAAGCAAGAUGGAGACAAAAUUCAGUGAAAAUGGAAAUGAACAAGGUCGUCGAAAUGUUUAAAAUUAUCCAGACAUUAGUUCAAUCUGCUUUUAUUAGAAAAGACAUGUUUAAAUUGAAAAAUACGAUUGAGCCAAUGAAAACCAUUUGUAAAGGAACCUCUGUAAGAAAUGAUAUGAAGAACAAGUUUGAAAUGAUUGAAACAAUUCAAAGCUUACUAAGAGGAGAGAUUUAUAGAAAAUAUUUGCAAAAUGAAAAGAAUAAUCAAAUGAUAACAGAUGAUUUCUGUUACUCACCAAACACAAUGUUUGAUAAUAUUCCAUCAUCUCCUGUACAAUUAGAAAAGAUUGAACAUACAAAAAGAACUGCCAUUCAAGUGAGUGAGAGGAAUUCAGAUGAUGAAAGAGUGAAAUUCUUUCCACCUCCACUUCCAAAACCAUUCAGACUUUCAUCUAAGGAAAAUCCACUCAAAAAACCAAAGAAAGAGCCAAAAAUUGAAAAGGAGCUAGUAAUUUAUAAUUCUAAACCAAUUCAAAACUAUGGGAAGAUUUCAAUGAUUAGACAUGAAAUUAAGAGAAAGAAUGAUGAAUUUUAUUUUGAUCAAAUUGAGGAAACACGAGAUGAAGAAGCUAAACAAUUGAAUACAAAUGAAGAAGAGGAAGAACCAAUUAUAGUUAUUCAACCCAAGAAGAAAAUGAAAAUGUCCAAACCUUCACAAUCCUCAACCCCAAUAUUUAAAAGAUUGGAUUUAACUGAUGAUGAAAUUGAUCAGUUAAUAUUACAAAAAGACAAACUCUUUAAAUUGGAAGGAGAAACCAAGAUUUUAAAAGAAAAAGAAGAGUAA